UGACUCGGAGCGGUUCGGCGCGCCCCGCCGCUGCGGGCGCCCGAGGGGUCGACAUGCCUCGGUACGCGCAGCUGGUCAUGGGACCCGCGGGCAGCGGGAAGAGCACCUACUGCGCCACCAUGGUCCAGCAUUGUGAAGCCCUCAACCGCUCUGUCCAGGUGGUCAACCUGGAUCCAGCAGCAGAGCACUUCAACUACCCUGUGAUGGCUGAUAUCCGGGAACUGAUUGAGGUAGAUGACGUGAUGGAGGACGAUUCUCUGAGGUUUGGUCCCAAUGGAGGAUUGGUAUUUUGCAUGGAGUACUUUGCCAAUAAUUUUGACUGGUUAGAAAACUGCCUUGGCCAUGUAGAAGACGACUACAUCCUUUUUGACUGUCCAGGUCAGAUUGAACUGUACACUCACCUGCCCGUCAUGAAACAGCUGGUGCAGCAAUUGGAACAGUGGGAGUUCCGAGUCUGUGGCGUUUUUCUCGUUGAUUCUCAGUUCAUGGUGGAGUCAUUCAAGUUUAUUUCUGGCAUCUUGGCAGCCCUGAGUGCGAUGAUAUCUCUAGAGAUUCCACAAGUGAACAUCAUGACAAAAAUGGAUCUACUGAGCAAGAAAGCUAAAAAGGAAAUUGAGAAGUUUCUGGAUCCAGACAUGUAUUCUUUACUAGAUGAUUCUACAAAUGACUUAAGAAGCAAAAAAUUCAAAAAGUUGACUCAAGCCAUUUGUGGACUGGUUGAUGACUACAGCAUGGUUCGGUUUUUGCCUUAUGACCAGUCAGAUGAAGAGAGCAUGAACAUCGUGCUACAGCACAUUGAUUUCACCAUUCAGUAUGGGGAAGACUUGGAAUUCAAAGAACCUAAGGAACAUGAAGAUGAAUCAUCUUCCAUGUUUGAUGAGUAUUUUCAAGAGCGUCAGAAUGAAUGAAGAGUGUAUUAAAAAGGAACUGUGUCUGUGUGAAGACCCAUGACUGAGUCAGCAGAACACUCUUUGAAGUACACAGAGCUGGGAAGCUGCUUGUUUUAUAAACAAAAAUAAUACUUGGCUGUUUGUCUGCAGCGGGCCUGAAUCAAGGGUUGAGGUUUUCUGAAACUGCUGCUGCAAUGGAAUCUUAGUAUUCUAUUUUAACAACAUCAAUUUAGAUUUUAAAAGUUGAAAUCGCAAUGAACGCUCAUGGUUUUGUACAUAAUCUAAAUUAGCACCUGUGGUCAGUUAAGACCGGUGUAACUUCAUUUUGCGGUUUGAUUUUUCUUUCUUUUUUCUUUUCUUUUUUUUUUUUUUAAGACAUUUGAGGGUCAGGAGUAACUGUAACAGAAUAUACAUAUGUGUCUCCAAAGGCAAAAACCUGGAAGAAUUCAGAUAAGACCAUACUUUAUUUGUAUCUUCCAGUUUUCCUACACUGAAGAGGUAUUAGUUGUAUCACUAAAAAUUAAAAGUAACUUUAUGUUGUAAGAUAUCUAUGUGUGUGUUAGAGAUGUAAAUACAGAGGGAAGCACUAGCUUUUCAUUACACUCUGGCUGGCAUGAACUCGUGCGGUAGCUUGACAGCGCAGUCUUUAACCCCUGCGCCACCAGGGAGUCCCUGUUACCUCCAUUUUCAAGUAAGGAAAUGGGCGCCGUGAGGUAAAAUUGCCGGGAAUGACCGUGCUAGUAAAUGGUGGAAUCUGGAUUCAAAGCUACGAUCCACUUUCCCAACCUUAAGGAAGGGUCGCUGUAGAGAAUGAAGCCCAAAUCCCUUCUCCCUGUGUUUUCUUAAACUAUGCUUAAAACCAGUGGCUUAGGUUCACUCAUUACCCAACAAAUAUCUGGAUGCUUACUAUGCAGUAUAAACAAAAAGGACAAAAAUCUCUUUCACACUGCUAGGGAGGGACACCAAAUGAAAACUGAACAAUAAAAAUCAGAAUGAAGAGGGAGAGGAAGGGAGGCAGGGAGCG